AUGGCUUUCCGUUGCCUCAAAUUCAUGUCUAUCUUGGCAGUUGGCCUUUUGCCUGCCGUAGCUGCUGACGACUUCAGUAUUGCUGAUAACACUACGGUCCAGAAGCGAGAGAUCACAUUGACCCCUGUUAUGAACGGUCUAAACUUUCCGGAUCCCUCAGUCAUACGGAUCGGUAACGAGUGGUGGGCAUUUUCAACCAUGUCACACUACAAUGGGAAGCGUGUUCAUGUUCCAAUGGCUCAUACCUACGACUACUUUACGUGGACCAACAACACGCGAUGGGUCGUCUAUAAGAUCGACGGCAAUGCGAUUGGUGAGGGCGGCAGUUGUAACAACAUGGUUAAGCCUAUCGUCAGUACGCCUAUAAUGCUUCAACAGGUCUCAACCAACGAUGGCUUCACGAAGAUUGGUCUCCCGACGCCACUUAUCGUCAAUGACCCUGCUGAUGGACCAUAUGUCGAGGCACCAUCUCUUACCAAGAUGCCCGACGGUACAUAUGUUCUUUACUACAGUUCGAAUUGCUUCGUUACUCCUCUGUACGAUGUAUCCUAUGCGACAUCGAGGGAUAUCAGAGGUCCUUACAAGAAGUUCGGCGGCCUUAUCCGAACCGGGACAUAUGGACUUGUGGCUCCAGGCGGCCUUGAUAUGGCUAUCAAUGGUGAUCAUGCUGUAUUCCAUGCAAAUUGGAAGGGUGGACGUGCUAUGUUUACGGCUCUCAUACGUGGUCAAGGCAAUCAGUCACAGGUCUAUGUCAAGGGUUCUUGA